GUCAGUCCUGGAGGGGCUGUUUGGCCCGACAGACCCCACAGGCUCGGUCGGGGCUCUGCAGUGUCAUGCCCGGGAGCCCCUGGACCGCGCCGAGCUGGGCGCUGUUGCUGCGGCUGCUGGCGCUGCUGCGGCCCCCGGGGCUGGGCGAGGCGUGCAGCUGCGCCCCCGCGCACCCCCAGCAGCACGUCUGCCGCUCGGCGCUGGUGAUUCGGGCCAAAAUCUCCAGUGAGAAGGUAGUUCCUGCCAGCGCAGAUCCUGCUGACACUCAAAAAAUGCUCCAGUAUGGAAUCAAACAGAUUAAGAUGUUCAAAGGGUUUGAGAAAGUCAAGGAUGUACAGUAUAUCUAUACACCUUUUGACUCUUCCCUCUGUGGUGUGAAACUAGAAGCCAACAGCCAGAAGCAGUAUCUCUUGACUGGUCAGGUCCUCAGUGAUGGAAAAGUCUUCAUCCAUCUGUGCAACUACAUCGAGCCCUGGGAGGACCUGUCCUUGUUGCAGAGGGAAAGUCUGAAUCAUCACUACCAUCUGAACUGUGGCUGCCAAAUCACCACCUGCUAUACAGUUCCCUGUCCCAUCUCAGCCCCCAACGAGUGCCUCUGGACAGACUGGCUGUUGGAACGAAAGCUCUACGGGUACCAGGCCCAGCAUUAUGUCUGCAUGAAGCAUGUUGAUGGCACCUGCAGCUGGUACCGGGGUCACCUGCCCCUGAGGAAGGAGUUUGUUGACAUCAUCCAACCCUAGUAAGGACCAGUGACCACCACAUCCCUUCAAGAGUCCUGGAGAUCAAGCCGGUUCUCCUUCACUGCAGAGCUCUGGCCAUCACCACCUGCCCCAUUGCUGCCAGCCAAUGGGAAGUACUAAGUGGACAGUGUGGCCAGUGGCAGGGCAGGGAUGGGGCAUGUUACAGCUUGUGUCCAAGACCCCAGCCCAGAAUCUGUCAAGGGCUAGGGAAGGCAACAUGACUUUUCUAUCUUGCCUUCAACCCAUCUCCUCUGCUUCCCAAACCCCAUUAGUGUAGCCUUGUACAUAUUACUGAAAGCGUUUAUUCUGGCUUAGUUUGUUUUCCAAAGCCAGGACUAUUUCCUUUUAUCCCCAGGAAAAAAUGUUUUCCUUUUGCCUUAACUGAUCUGAUAGGGGAGAAAUGGUGAAUGUUAUGCAUAUGAGAUGGUAUAUCCUUGUGAUGUAUAACACCAGAAGAUGGGUUGACUGUGUCACAAACAGGCUGACUGGCAGGAAUGAAAAGACAACAUACUAUGGCUCUAUUCCUCCUGUCUCAACU